AUGGGAAAAGGCAGUAAGAAGGAGGCCAGCCAUGCGAAUGCUGGCAAGCCUAGCGCUAGCGAUAGCAAAAUUUCCUCGAUAGACAUAUCAAAGACACCUAUCGUAGAGAACCCCAUGUCCUUAAUCCAAAAACUUACAGAUUACAUUCAUGAGGAGGAAAAGAAUUCGAGUGCUUUAAGAAGCGAGACGCAACUUCUCAAAAAGCGACUCCAGGAAUCACAAGAGGAAGCGCGCAUAUCAAAAUCUAGCGCUGAAAAUCUCGAGAAAGAAUUACAGCAACUACGAGAUGAGACGAAAUCUCGAAUCCAAACUACAGAACAACUCGAACAAGAACUAAAUAAUGAGCUUGGACGCAAUGCUAGCACACUUUUCCAACAGGAAGUUGAGAAAGAACGACAAGUUCAUUGGAAAGAGAUGGAGAAUCUGAAGAAAGUGAUUCUUGAGUUGAAUCAAAGAAUCGUGAAUCAGGAUAUUAAGAGCGAUGUGAUAGAUCGAGGAGAUAUCCACAGUAUUGCCGAUGCUCUGGCAGGUGAAUCUAACGCCGGGUUUAAUGCCUGUAUAUCAAUGUCAGUUCGAGCAGAUGCAUCGGAGCAGGGUUUGACGGUCAAAAAUCCGGCAGUGGUUGACAAAAGCGCUAUUGGUAUUUUCGGUAGUAUUCAUCCGAGGGAACAUAAAGCUUUUGUGGAAGAGUGGCAUGCUACAUAUACUAACCAAGAUAACUUUGAUAUUGCGCUUUACUUGAUUUUGACCUGUUUCCAAAUCGUCGAUACUUACCUAGUGAUUGAGAAAAAGUGCAUAGCUCUUGAAACUGAGCUAUCGAAGCAGAAAAUAAAUAUGUUAGAACGUCAGGAAAAUCUAAUAGCAGCUCAUGACAAGGUGAUAUCUGGGAUGGAAGGACGAGCUGAGUUGGCGCUGGCACAGGACAAAAUAUAUCAGGACGAGCUUAAAGAGGCUCAUAAAGAAGAAAUCAACGUCUUGAAAGCAAGUUUCGAAAUUGGAAUUGGGGAACUCGUGGAGGAAUAUCGUCCUUUUAGAGAUAUUGCUGAAAGGAUCCUGGCUCGUGAGCGUGAGUGUAGUAAACCUUCCAAAGAACGCAGUGAGCAGAUCAUGGAUCAGGGAAAUCUCGCUGCUCAUGGGGGAAACUGUCUGGCAGUUUCUAAACAAAUAGCUUCAAAUCCAAACGCCGGUGAAAAGGAAUGGUUCAAAUCUUUGUACGAUGUUAGUAUUGAAACUUUUAUCAAGUAUCAAGAUUCCUUGCAGAUGCGCCGACUUCUCGAUAUGCGAUACGAGAUGAAAAAGUUUAAGACUGUUCAACUUUCUGAAGCUGAGUUUGAGAGAAACUUUCAACAUGUUAUGAUGCAGCUUACUAAGACCAAGAAAGAUCGUCUUGAAAAAACUUCCAGUGGGAAAUAA